AUGCAUGGGCAUAUUAAAUGCAAGCUUGCUAUCAAAAUGAGAGACAACAUAGUUGCAUCGGGAUACAUCCUUAAGACUGACAGUACAGUUAUCCAUGGAAAAAAGAUGCCUAAAGAAGUUGCUCGUGUAGUCGUUGAAGUAGCCCAUGAAGAGAUGGCUAGGCUACAAUUUCCUAAUUUGAAUGCAGAGAUCACUUUGGUAGGUCAAGCAGUUGGGGUACCAUUAGCAUGGCAUAAACAUCUUAUUAUCGACGAAAGUGAGCGGGGACAGAAGAGAAAGCAAGAAGAUAUUGAGGCGAUGAUACCUUCCACUCAACAUCCACAACCCCCAAAGCUUCCGCGUGUAGAGCCAUUAACACAUGAGGUAGUGUCAAUCUCUCACAAUGAUUCAACAUCUAUGUCAAGCAAUUUGACCUCUUUAUUGAAGUUUGCAUCACCAUGGGAUAAUGACUACCACAAGAAGAUUAAUAUCCCAUCGCAUGUUUUUGGAUACAACACGAUUGCUACGCUUUUCAAGGAUGAUGUGACACAAUUUUGCCACAUGGAAAAGAUUGGGCAAACUCCAAUGAUAUUGUGUUUGAGGUUGUUGGAUGAUAUACUACAUACCAAUGGGUUGGAUCAUUUGUACGCAUUUCAGCAUCCAGGUGAAGUUAGUGUAGGUCAUGAGAAUAAGCAUGCCCAAGCACUUAAAGAUCGAUUCAUUCAAAUGGGCGAGAAGCAGUUCCUUAUUUCCCCUGGAAUAACAAUGGCGUUCUUGGAUCCCAUUAACCUUCAAUUACGCAUUGAGAUUAAAAAUAUAGUUAGGCUUGCUUUCACGCUAUAUGAUACGGAAAAAGGAAAAAGAGUUGUAAGUCUAAAGUAUUAUAGUCCAAAAUGCCGACAACAACCAAAAACCACAGAGUGCGAUAUCUACUGCAUGAAGUAUGCUAGGGAUCUCAUUUCACAACAAAGAGCCAAAGCAUAUCUAUCAAAUAAUUUCAAUUCAGAUUUACCAUAUACUGACGCUGAACUUAAUGAAGUUCAAGAAGAGUGGGCAAAAUAUAUUCUACCGCAUUUCGCUAAAUGA